AUGGCACCCAAAGGCCGGCGCGGUGUUUUGCUGACCUCGUCCAAGCCGAAGCCCGUUGCCGUGGCAGACGAUGAGUCUGAGCGGCUGCAGUCGCAGCGGGAGUGGGCAGAGCUGGAGCGUGAGGCCAAGCAGAUUGUCAAGUUGCAGACAACCGGGGAGCGGAAGCUGGCAGCGUAUGACGACGUGGAGGAUCCAGAUGCAGAGGAUUUGGACCAGGCACCGGCCAACUCGGAGAGCGACAGCGAGAGCGCGGAUGAGAAGGAGGAGGACGGCAAGGCGGAGCCCGCGAAAGAUGACGCGGAGGACGCUGGCAAGGAGCCAGGCACAGGUGACUCGGAAGGGAAGCCAGAUCGGAAGCGAAAGCGAGCCGGGAAGAAGAAGUCUGGCGCGCAGAAGAAGCGGGAGAAGUUGGAGCGGGAAGAGCAGAAGAAAGAGGAGGACGAGGACAAGUGGCUGAAGCUGCAGCUGGCUGGGGAGGAGAAGCCCCGGCGCAUCGCCGCCAAUCGCAUCGUCUCCUACUACGACUUCGACGGCCGGGGCAACCCCAUCCGAUUCGCGGCGGGGGCACCUCGCCCGGAGGUGGGGCCAAUGGAGGAGGAUGAAGAUUUCAUCCCCGGGGAUUGCCUGCCUGCGCCCAGCGGCAACUUCCGCGCCAAUCUGCGGCCAGACCUUUGGGAUGACAGCGACGAGAGCUGA